UUCAUGGACUACCAGUACCAGCCACUGGCUUCGGAGCAUCAUGUCCGUAUUCUUGUGCUAACGCCAGCCGAGCAGGCAGAUGCGCGACUCGAAUGCUCAUUGAUACAGAUAGACCUCAAGGAUCACCCUGGAUCUUACAAGGCUAUAUCGUAUACAUGGGGUAGUCAAUCGCGGGAUCAGGAUCUUCAUUGUGAAGGUGCUACCAUCAAGAUCACGUCCAAUCUCUCUUCAGCGUUGCGACGAUUCAGAUCGAGAUUCCAAGCCCAAAUAUUAUGGAUUGAUGCUGUGUGUAUCAAUCAGGAUGACGUAAAGGAAACGAGUGUGCACAUUCCACUAAUGAAAGCAAUCUACCGCGCCGCUGGAAAAGUCUUGAUCUGGUUGGGAGACGGCGAAGAGCAACGUUUGAGAGAUAUCGACGCACUCAGAGUUGCCGCAAAUCUGUUCAAACCUGGAUUAAAUGGCCCCAAUCCCUCUACGGCGUCAGGAAUGAUUAACCAAGAGCCGCAUUUUCUACCAGAGUUCAAAGGCAGCAAACACGAUAUGCAACUGUUUUUUGAACUCCCUUGGUUCAGCCGCCGAUGGGCUGUGCAAGAGCUGGUUGUGAACAACAAUCCCGUGUUUUACUACGGACAAUCGAAAAUUCCUUGGACCACAAUUCACUUAGUCAUCAGUGCAUCACCUGCACAUUUCUGGAGAGACGACUCCGGAUUGCGGAUUCGCGAAAGAUUACGGAAGUUCGGCGAUCUCUGGCAGUCAUGGUGCUAUUCCGCACAGUCUUCUACCAAACGCGACUUCUUCAGCCUCAUGACCUCUUUCCGCGACUUGGAAUGCGAAAUGGAUAAAGAUAUCAUCUACUCUAUCGCAGGUAUCGCAGAUGAUGUGGACGUUGCAACAGCAACCACGGCCAUGUCAGCCGACUACGUCUACAAGCUUCCCCUCAUCAUACCCGACUAUAGCGCAACAGACUAUGAAGUGUUUCGGGAUUUUGCACUUGCAAUGAUGGAUACUCGAUAUGCUUUCCGCACGUUGUCUUUUGCUGCGGUGUAUCAGCCUGCCUGUAAAGAGGACAAAUCACUGAGUAGCUGGAUUCCGGACUUUCGACAUGCUCCUCAAAGAGCUAUUCUGGCUUCCAAAUCUAGCUGGGGUCUUCCGAAAAUCGAAGUACUUGGAAACAACGGAACAGAACUCAAAGUUAGGAUUACGACCCAAGCAUGGAAAAGAGAGAAGUGCGGCGAGAAAACCAAGCCAGGCCAGGAACUACUCACUCAUAAGCCACUACCUCCAAUACCAUCCUUGCCCCCAGUACAAAGAGGCAUCGCCCAUGUGAAAGAAAUCUUCACAUUUCCUGAAACUGUAGGGAAACACAACGCCAUCUCUUUCUAUUCAGCUCUAAGAGAUUGGCUGGGCAAGUUUGUGAACCCCGGUCGAAUCAAGCGGAUCAUGUCCAUCCUCGAGAGUGCUGAAACCGCAUUCGACAACACUUCGCGGAGCAGAAGUUCUCAUUUCCAGGAUUUCAAAGACUGGUACGAUAACGGAAUACUCUCUGACGAUUUUUUCUUGUCGUCCUCGUACGAGCUGUUCUGUCAUUGGCAAACCAUUCUAUCUACGAGGAAAUUCUACGUCAGCGCGCCCGUUGCGCGGUUUGGAGAACGAGAUAUCUUUGUAUUUGGAGCUGGACCUUCGGAUCUCCAGGUGGAUGAUAUUGUCGUGAGACCGUUAUUAGAUGGCAAUAUCUCGUCAUUCUUUCGGCCCACUGAAAACGGGCAUGAAGUUCUGGGCGAUGGAGUCGUCAUGUACGGCUAUGAAGGCUCGACUUCUGGCGUUAAAUACUGGUGGGGAGGGAAUUAUGUAACGGAAGAUGUAGAAGUCGAACUGGAUUUAAUAUAG